ACUCUCGCUGGUUUGCCUGCGCCUGUCGCCCUGCUGGUUCCACCUGGCACAGGACCGGCUAGCCUGUGGCCACCACAGGGAGGCAAAGUUGGGCAAACAGGUGGGAAGACUAGAGCUCAAGCCUCGGGUCCCCUCCCCGCCCCUGAUGCCAGGCGGAAGCCCAGGCCCUAGCUCCUGUCGCCUGCCCAGAGGCCACCCAGCCUCCUAGACAGGUGCUGGACAUGGAGGAGCUGACCAUCUGGGAACAGCACACAGUCACGAUCAGCAAGGACCCCCGCCGAGGCUUCGGCAUUGCAAUAUCUGGUGGCCGAGACCGGCCCGGUGGAUCAGUGGUUGUGUCCGAUGUGGUGCCGGGAGGACCAGCUGAGGGCCGGCUACAGACAGGGGACCACAUCGUCAUGGUGAAUGGGGUCUCCAUGGAGAGUGUCACCUCCACCUUCGCCAUUCAGAUACUCAAGACCUGCACAAAAGUGGCCAACAUUACAGUGAAGCGUCCCCGGAAAGUCCAGCUGCCCGCCACCAAGGCCACCUCUGGCCUGGGACACCAGGACUCAGAUGAGGAAGAUGGGCCGCGGCGCCUGGACGAGGCUGACCACGGCCAGGGCUAUGAGGGUGACACGUCCAGUGGCUCUGGCCACUCCUGGGGCGAGCGCUCCCGCCGGCCAAGGACAGGUCGCCGGAGCCAGGCCAGCAGCCAUGGGCGCAGGAGCCCGAGCGGCGGCUCCGAGGCCAACGGGCUGGCCCUGGUGUCUGGCUUCAAGCGGCUGCCGCGGCAGGACAUGCGCAUGCGGCCCGUGAAGUCCGUGCUGGUGCGGAGGAGAGACAGCGACGAUUUCGGGGUCAAACUGGGCAGUCAGAUCUUCAUCAAGCACAUCACAGAAUCGGGCCUGGCUGCCCAGAACAGCAGGCUCCAGGAAGGAGACCUCAUCCUACAGAUCAACGGGGUGUCCAGUGAGAAUCUGUCACUGAGUGACACACGGCAACUGAUCGAGAAGUCGGAAGGGAAACUGACUCUGCUGGUGCUCAGGGACCGAGGCCAGUUCCUGGUGAAUAUCCCUCCGGCCGUCAGCGACAGCGACAGCUCCCUUCUGGAGGACAUCUCAGACCUCGGGUCAGAACUGUCUCAGGCGCCACCAUCCCAUGUACCACCGCCACCCCAGCAUGGGCAGCGGAGUCCGGACGCCAGCCGAGCCAGCUCCCCCAUGGAGAGCCCCCAGCUUCGGCAGGAAGGUUCAGUGGAUUCUAGGACUCCGUCAGAACCAGACUCCCCGAGGCAAAGGAGCUGUGACAUGCACAGCGUGCCUAGUGGUCAGAGCGUGGAGGACCAUGGGUACAGCCCCGCCUCGCGGGUGGUCCGAUUCCUCAAGGGCGCAAACAUUGGGCUGCGGCUGGCCGGAGGCAAUGACGUGGGCAUCUUCGUGUCCGGGGUGCAGGCGGGCAGCCCGGCAGACGGGCAGGGCAUCCAGGAGGGAGAUGAGAUUCUGCAGGUGAAUGAUACUCCAUUCCGGAACCUGACCCGGGAGGAGGCUGUGCAGUUCCUGCUGGAGCUGCCCCCGGGCGAGGAGGUGGAACUGGUGACGCAGAGGAAGCAGGACAUCUUCCGGAAGAUGGUGCAGUCCGGCGUGGGCGACUCCUUCUACAUCCGCAUGCACUUUGAGAUGGAGCCCAGCCCGCCGUCUGGCCUGGGCUUCACCCGCGGAGACGUCUUCCACGUGCUGGACACACUGUACCCCGGCCCUGGACAGAGCCACGCCCGCGGAGGCCACUGGCUGGCGGUGCGCAUGGGGCGUGACCUCCGGGAAAAAGAGCGGGGCAUCAUCCCCAGCCAGAGCAGGGCAGAGCAGCUGGCCAGUCUGGAGGCUGCCCAGAGGGCCGUGGGGGUCGGGCCUGGAGCCUCGGCGGGCUCCAGCACACGGGCCGAGUUCUGGCGGCUGAGGGGUCUUCGUCGGGGAGCCAAGAAGACCACCCAUCGGAGUCGUGAGGAUCUGUCGGCUCUGACCAGACAGGGUCAUUACCCGCCAUAUGAACGCGUGGUGCUGCGAGAAGCCAGUUUCAAGCGCCCGGUGGUGAUCCUGGGACCUGUGGCUGACAUUGCUAUGCAGAAGUUGACUGCUGAGAUGCCUGAUGAGUUUGAAAUUGCAGAGAGCAUGUCAAGGACCGACAGCCCCUCCAAGAUCAUCAAACUGGACACCGUGCGGGUGAUUGCAGAGAAAGACAAACACGCACUCCUGGACGUGACACCCUCAGCCAUUGAGCGCCUUAACUACGUGCAGUACUACCCAAUCGUGGUCUUCUGUGUCCCCGAGAGCCGGACAGCCCUCAAGGCACUGCGCCAGUGGCUGGCCCCCGCCUCCCGCCGCAGCUCCCGCCGCCUCUACGCUCAGGCCCAGAAGCUGAGGAAGCACAGUGACCACCUCUUCACAGCCACCAUCCCCCUGCAGGGCACAAGCGACUCCUGGUACAAAGAGCUCAAGGCUGUCAUCCGCGAGCAGCAGACGCGGCCCAUCUGGACGGCCGAGGACCAGCUGGACAGUUCCUCAGAGGACAACCUGGACCUCCCUUACCGCAGCCUGGCUGACAGCUCCGCGGAUCUGAGCUGCGACAGCCGGCUCAACAGCGACUAUGAGACAGACGGCGAGGGCGGCGUCUACACGGACGGCGAGGGCUACACGGAUGGCGAGGGUGGGCCCCACGUGGACGUGGACGAGGGGCCCCCGGCGCCAGCCCUGGCCCGGUCCUCGGAGCCCGUGCUGGAGGAUGAGCCUCGGAUCCUGCAAGAUCACGGGAGAUCCUCGGGUCACCAGGGGACCCAGGUGGACGGCCACCACCCACAGGGUCAACGGCGACAGGACAGCAUGCGGACAUAUGAGCGGGAUGCUCUGAGGAAAAAGUUUACACGAGCCCGAGAUGUGGAGUCCUCUGACGAAGAUGGCUAUGACUGGGGACCGGCCACUGACCUGUGACCCCUCCCAGGUGGCCAGCUGGCCUGUCCUCCCUUUUUCUCCCUGAAGCUGAGACUCAGCUUCCCACACAGAACCUGGAAACCUGCCUCCCUCUGCCCGGUCUUUAAUAAAUGGAGUAUUUUCACAGCA